UACCACUCAACUGUUGUGUUUGGCCAAACAAACGUGUUGACCCGCUGCCAGAGCAACGCCUGGCCCGUGACCCAACGCAGCUGGAAAUUCUGGACAUGCGCAUCAUGAUGCACGCAAUGCGAAGCAACAGCACAAGUACAAACAGACAAAUGUGUGUGUGUGUGAACGGAAAGUAAAAGCGACAAACAGCCAACGCGGCGUAUGAGCAACAUUUUUACACACCAAUCGUGCCAGUGCGACUCCAGUUUUCCCAGCGCUCAGUUGUGCGCGCCACAAGAGCCACAUACGGGGCAAAAGAAAUAAAAAGAAAUAAAAAAAACAACAUACACACAAGUGAACUAUAUAAAAAGGCAAACAUUUAACGUCUUCAAGUCUUGCGACACCUUUGCUAGCUUUAAAAUUCUCUCGCUGGCUAACAAAUCAAAGUUCUUGCAGCUUACCCAAGUUCGUAGAUCUCAGAGAGAGAGAGAGAGAGAGAGAGAGAGAUAUACAUAUCUUUAUACAAGAUGACCAAAGUGGAGCUAUAUAAGUCUCGGGUCUUUGUGACAAUCAUACACCUGUGCGCGCUGGGCCAGUUCGCGUAUGGCCUGUACUACGGCAGCUUUGAGGUGCAGCGCAGCUAUAAGCUCAAGACGAGCUUCAGUCGGCGCCUGGUGCCCGAGACCUUUGGCCAGAAGCUGCGAUUUCUCAGCUAUUGGUCGCUGCAUGUUGCAGCCGGAGGCAAUUAUUGUUGUGCUGGUCGCCCUGCUCGCCUUGGAGGCGGAGACGACAACGACCAUCAAGUGGCAUAGCUCUGGCGCCGCAUUCACUGAACCUGCCACGUGGCUGAGCGGCUAUGUGCCGCGUGCACGCGAUUUGAUUGUAUUUCCGGAUAACUAUCCGGCCGUAAUGCCAUUGCCGGCAAAGGUGUACACGGCGGGCUUUGUGCUGCCGCGCCUGGGCGCCCUCCUGCUGGCCGAGGACGCCAGCAUAGAGCUGGCAGCUGGAGCUGGAACUGGAGCUGGACGCGCCUAUUUGAAAGCACCAAAGACGAGCAAAUGGUUCGAUCCAAGCAGCUGGAGCGUGCAGCCCGGCUCCGCCUACGCCUCCGCCUCCGCCUCCGGCUCUAUUGUGCCGGAGGUGGAGCGUGUGCCCUGCGACGAUGAGCAUGUGGUGAUUAGCGGCAAUGGCGGCGCGCUCUCCUUUGACUUGGAGCACGUGCAAUAUCUGCGUCUGGGCCAGCUUAUACUGGCCGGCUCCUCCAUCUCCCGGAGCUAUUUGCAGGAGCUGCUCGGCCGGGAUCUGGGCCAGCUGCUGUUCCACAAUGCCCAGGCCGUGACCGUGGAAUACUAUCGGGGCGAGCUCUGCGGCUGUCACAAGGAUUACGAGCGUCUGGUCGAGCCCGUCUGCCGGAAUGUGGAGCCGGAAUGUGCACGGCCCCGCUGCGUCUCGCCGCUGCGUCCCUUUGGCGCCUGCUGCUUGGUCUGCGGCGCCAUGAUGCACAUGCCCAGCGAGCACUGCACGGCGGAGGAUCGCAAGCGGCUGACCACGUUCAUUCGGGCUGCCAUCGAGCGGGAGCAUUUGGCGGACGAGCUGCAGCUGCACGUGGACUACGUGGGCUCCGCGACAUUGGGCAACCAUCUGCAGGCCAUAAUCGUGGAUCGCCGGGGUUACAGCGAGCGCAGCGUGGACUUUAUGCGUCGUCUCGCCGCCGGACGCAACCAGAGCCAGUGGCUGGCCCGGCAGUCCGGGUUGAAGCUUCUCUAUGCGGGUCGUCCGUACAAUCCAGACGUGAGCCUCGCCUCUGUUAUGCUCAUACUCUUCUGUGUGCUGCUCGUGGGCGUUGUCUCCGUGAUCAUGCUCGCCCACUUUCUGCCGGAGCAUCCCUAUCUGCGGCGCAUUCCCCAGUGGAUACACGAUCCGCGUCGCCUACGUCUCCAUCUCCAGUUGCGUCUGCGUCGCAAUCUGCUCUUCAAUCGCUUCGAUAAUGCUGCAGGCGGGGCGGGAGCGGGUGUGGAACAUCUGGCUGUCAUUGGCUACGAUGCGGAAAGCGGCGAGGUGCGCGAACGCGCCUUCAAUAAUCCCAUGUUCGAGCAGGAGCCGGAGCCGGAACAGCAGCUGGAGCAGGAGCCGGGGCAGGCAGCCCGGCCUCAAGCUGUGCCCGAAGCAACUGGCGUGCCCUCCAAGGUGGAGACAGGCGUACUGGACAGCUGCAGCGUGGAGGAGCAGGAGCUGACCGAAAUCAAUUUGGAGUCCUCCGGGUCGGAAAGUGAAGCCGAGGCCGAAACCAAGGAAUGAAACACAAAUUCGUAUGACAGAUUUUAUAGCUUUAGCUAGCCUGGAAUGGGAAGAUCCUCUUUCUAUAUAUAUCCCAGGCAAUUAUACUAUUUAUUCCCAUUUACCAUUAUCUGCCCGCAAAAAGUGGGGGAAAACAAAAAAACAAAACCCAGUUUAUAUUUCGAAAAUAUUUAUAAGUUAUCUAUCAACUAUCAGCCUGGAAUUUGAACCCAGUUUCUGUUUCUCACGUUAUCUUAUCGUAAAAUAAAAGCCAUAUCCGAGGUGAAAUCUAUAAAACUACAA